AUGUCACAUUCAAGCAUAUAUGAAGGUAGUGCCAUAGAUGAAGAAGAAAUGGGUGAUGAAGAGAUAGAUGACGAAGAAUUUUAUGAAGCCAUGUACGCAUGUAUAAUGGCUUUGAAUAUGAUAGCACCUACUUUGAUGGCUAAACCAGGAUCAGCUAUGGCAGCUAAAAUUAAAAAAAGCUCAAGGUUCUUCCCUUUCUUCAAGGAUUGCAUUGAAGCUAUUGACAUGACACAUAUUCUAACAAUGGUGAGGGAGCAAGAUUGGGUGGGAGGGACUCAUGAUUCUAAGCUACUAAAUGUUGCUAUAACAAGGAGGAAUGGACUUAAAGUGGCUCAAGUAUGCUCGUGGAGGAUGAGGAAGUUAAGAACUGGAACCUUGUUGCAUGGUGUUCUUCGCGUUACAAUAUUUGAGGUUGAUAAGUUUUAUCGUAAUGAUUGCUGCAAUUGUUUCCCUAAGGUCAUUGACCCAAUUGGGAAAGGUGUGGUUAGACUAUAUGCAACCAUUAAAUUAGGCAACGCUACAGUAGGCAGAACUAGAAUUACAAACAAUGACCAUUGUAAUCUUCAGUGGUAUGAAUCUUUUCGAAUUUAUACUGCUCAUGUUGCAACUGAUGUCAUGUUUUCUAUCCAAGAAGAAGAACUAAUUGGCACAAAAUUGAUUGGCACAGCUUAUUUUCCUGUUGAAGAUUUAGGAAAUGGACAACAACUUGAUAGAUGGCUUCAUAUCUUGAAUAAGAAACAUAAACCUCUCCAAGGAGGUCCUAGAAUUCAUGUAAAGGUACAGUUUUCUGAUGUCACUCAGGACAUUAACUGGUCUCAAGGGAUUAUAAGUCCACAGUUUCCUGGAGUCCCACACUCGUACUUCACUCAGAGAAGUGGUUGCAGUGUCACACUUUACCAGGAUGCUCACAUUCAAGACAAUUUUUUCCCCAAAAUUCCCUUGACUGGGGGAACGUACUAUGAGCCACACAGAUGCUGGGAAGAUGUCUUUGAUGCCAUUUACAAUGCUGAGCACUUGAUCUAUAUAGCAGGAUGGUCUGUUUACACCAAAAUUACCUUGAUUAGGGAUAUGAGUAGAGAACAAGAAGGAGAGUUGACACUUGGAGAACUUCUUAAAAUGAAGGCUGCUGAUGGAGUUACAGUUCUAAUGCUUGUUUGGGAUGACAGAACUUCAACAAAACUGCUAAAAAAUGAUGGAGUGAUGGCUACUCAUGAUGAAAAUACAGAAAGUUACUUCCAUAACACCGGAGUGCACUGCGUGUUAUGCCCGCGCAAUCCUGAUAAUGGACAAAGCAUUGUCCAAGGCCUUGAGGUUGCCACCAUGUUUGCACAUCAUCAGAAGAUCUUAGUUGUCGAUGGUGAGAUGGCCAGUGUGGAUGUAGAGGGAAGGAGAAGAAUUUUGAGCUUCAUUGGUGGAAUUGAUCUGUGUGAUGGGAGAUAUGACACCCCUUUGCAUUCCCUUUUCAGGACUCUAGGGACAACCCACCAUGAUGAUUUUCAUCAACCAAAUUUUAGAGGUGCCUCAAUUGCCAAAGGUGGACCAAGAGAGCCUUGGCAUGACAUACAUUGCCGCUUAGAAGGACCAAUAGCUUGGGAUGUUUUGAUUAAUUUUGAGCAGAGGUGGAAAAAACAAGGUAAGGAGGAUGUUUUACCUGUUGAACUUGGAAAACAUGCUGAUAUUUUUGUACCCCCAACACCACUAGUAGAUAAUGAAGCAUGGAAUGUUCAACUGUUUAGAUCCAUUGAUGCAGGAGCUGCUUAUGGCCUCCCAAAUACCCCAGAGGAUGCAGCCAGGUAUGGUCUUCUGAUUGGGAAAGAUCAUGUCAUUGACUGCAGCAUCCAAAGUGCUUAUAUUAAUGCUAUCAGGAGAGCUAAAAAUUUUAUCUACAUAGAAAACCAAUAUUUCCUUGGAAGCUCUUUUUGCUGGAAUUCAGAUGACCUAAAUAUCAAUGAGGUGAAAGCUUUGCAUUUGAUUCCCAAGGAACUGUCUCUAAAAGUCGUUAGCAAGAUUGAAGCUGGAGAGAGAUUCAGUGUCUACAUUGUUAUUCCAAUGUGGCCAGAGGGUAUUCCUGAAAGUGCAGCUGUUCAGAGCAUCCUGAAUUGGCAAAAAAUGACAAUGAAUAUGAUGUAUACUGAUAUUGUUCAUGCUCUACAAGUCAAAGGAAUCCAAGCAGACCCAAAAGACUAUUUGAGUUUCUUUUGCCUUGGAAAUCGGGAAAAGAAGAAUAACGGAGAGCUUGAACCUUCUACAGGGCCUGAACAUGAAUCGGAUUACAACAGAGCUCAACAAGCAAGGCGGUUCAUGAUCUAUGUCCAUGCCAAAAUGAUGAUAGUUGAUGACGAAUACAUAAUAAUUGGAUCAGCUAACAUGAAUGAGCGUUCGAUGAAUGGAGCAAGGGACACAGAGAUUGCUAUGGGGGGGUACCAACCGCAUCACUUAGCCACAAAGAGGGGUCAGAUUCAUGGCUUUAGAAUGUCCUUGUGGUAUGAGCACUUGGGCAUUCUAGAAGACUCCUUUCUUGCGCCAGAGAGUUUGGAAUGUGUGAGACAAAUAAACCUCAUUUCUAAAAGGAACUGGGAACUCUACUGUAGUGAAGCUUUGGAUGAAGACUUGCCUGGCCAUUUGCUUAGUUAUCCCAUAACAGUUACUCAAAGUGGAGAGGUCACAACCAAUCAUGGGAUAGACUACUUCCCAGACACCAAGGCGCCUAUUCUUGGCUCUAUAUCUCAUCUUCCACCCAUCUUAACCACUUAA